GCGUCAAGACAACCCAACUACCUAUGCCGUAGGGCCCUGACUCUAUUUGCCUAUAUUCAGACAUGGGACUUGUUACGAUGGAUUUUCAUAUACCAAUCCGCAUUGGCUUUGCCACGUGGGCAUUAAUUAUUCCGACGAUCUUGGUAUUGGCAGCCUGGAUUAUACAUCGGAGACACACGGCCAACUCCAGCUCCGGAAUAAAGUUUGGCUCAAAGGGUAAACCCCCGAGCACUAAGCUGGUCUUUCCACCUUCGAGGCGACACCUCCUCUCCAAAUUGUUUCCUACCCGAACCCAUUACGAAAAAGGUUCGUUUUCGGCCAUCGAGCUUAGCCCGGAGCUACUCGCCGCCAAGGCGCUGCCGACGUCCCGAGCACUGAGCAGCGUCGACGCAGACGAGGACGCAGGGCUCCUGACGCCGACAGGUUUCAAUCUGAAGGAUAUCCGGGCCCUCGGCCGUUUCCCAGAUUACCCACUGCUGAGUGGCGUGCCGGAUCCGGAACCAUGUGGCGAUGGAUUUGACAUUUCCAAGGCUACGUUUCGCCCUUUUCGGCCAUUCAGAUGGGGGUAUCACCAGACUAUGGCUCUUAUGAAACUCGAGCCCGAUUACUGGAUCGAGCUGGAGCAAAACUACCACACUUCCAUGGCGGCUCGCCAGAAACUCCUGGGCCAGCAUCGUGACCUUAUCAUGUAUUAUGAGCCCGGUUCCGAGCUGGCCUGCCGCGAACUGAUGGAGAUGGUUGUUCGGUUCCUGUGCAAGCGCUAUCCGCAGUACUUUCGGCUCGAAGUGGAGGGUGAUGAGACGAUCCUGGUCAAUAAGCUCCUGAAAACCAGGACAGUCGUCGUCUCAUCAUCAUCACCUGCAGCACCGCCAGCUCUUCACCCGCUGGAGAUCCUUGCGGCGACCGUGCCCGAAGACUUUGCCCUCAUGCUCCGCAACGAGAACACGGGGCUGUACCACCUCCGCGCAGCGCUCAUCUGCUCGUCGGUCGGGUGGGACGCGGGCGCCAAGCGCGGGCUCUCGCUGGCGGACAUACACAGGCCCGUGGUCGACUACAACGCCAAGAUGGGGCUCGGCAUGGACCGGUACUUUGCGCGGCUGCCGACCGACCAGCCGAUCCAGCGGUGCUCGUGGACGCUCGAGGACUGCGCGCCGCUGUUUUCGAGUCCUGGCGCGGUGGCAGGCGCGCAGAAGAAGGAAGGAGGAGGAGGAGGAGGAGGAGGAGGAGGAGCAAGUGGUGGCGGCUGGAGCAGGUGCGCGCUGCCCGAGCAGGACUUGACAAUCGAGGACGUGCAGCUGCGGUGCGACUGGCAGACGCUGCGGCGGCUCCCCUGCAGCGGCGCCGUGGCCUUCAACUUCAAGGCCGUCUUCACGCCGCUGUCGCGCCUGAGGACGGAGCCGUUCGUGCCGGCACUGCUGGCCACGGUGCUGAGGGAGGGGAAGCCCGCCCUCGUGGUGCCGCACAAGGCCGUCGGCCACGUGCGGGAGCUGGUCCUCCCUGUGCUGGAUCGGUGGGCCGAGGAACAGGUGGAGCAGGGGGUCGCGCCGAAGGGCUGGGAGGCCGGGACGUUGGAUGAGCAUCCUUUCUACCCUGGGUGGGAAGAGAGGUGGAGGGCGGAGCAAGGGUUUUGA